AGGAGCGGAGGAGGAGGAGGAGAAGGAGAAGAAAGCUACAACAUGGCGGCUGCGUCCAUUCCCAUGAACCGGGCGCUGUGAGGAGCGAAGCGCCAGGAGCUGGAGCAGCUCUGACUGUGCCAGGUCCUGGUUCCGGGGGUGCCCGCCCCGUCGCGGAAGUGGGGCCCGCACCCCUCCGCCGCGCGCGGCCAUGGGGGUGCAAGGCUUCCAAGAGUUCGUGGAAAAGCGCUGCCCGGGGGCUGUGGUGCCCGUGGACCUGUUGAAGCUGGCGCGGGCCGUCGGGGGCCGUGGAGGCGGGGGCCCUGCCUACUGCGCCGCCUUCCACCCGCCCGGCGGCUACCCGCACCCCGCCGGGGCCGCGCCAGGCCUGGGAGCUGUGGUCGGUGCUGGCCCCUACGGUCACCCGCAGCCCUCGCCCGGCUUGCCCGGCCCAGCAGCCGCCCCGUGCCCAGCUCGGCUCCUGGUGGAUGCAGAUUCGGCCUUGCAGCGUCUCUACGGCGGCUACCAGACGGACUGGGUGUGUGGGGGCCAGUGGAAUGCUAUGGUGGGCUACCUGGCUGCCCUUUCGCAGGCCUGCCUCUACCAAGGCGGGCUGGAGCUGGCUGUCAUCUUCAACGGAGGGCUCGGGAAGGAGAGGCUGCCUGAGUGGGGCAGGAAGGCGCAGGCGGAGAGACAGACAGCCCAGCUCAUCGCUGGGCAUGUGGGCAACAAGGGUACCCCGCCACCCCGGGCCUGGUUCCUUCCCCCAGCCUGCUUGGGGCACUGCGUCCGCUUGGCCAUGAUUCGAUUCCGGGUCAAGGUGUUCCAGAGCCUGGAGGAUCAUCAUCAGGAAGUGGUAUCCUUCUUCCGGGAGAAUGGUUUCCAUGGGCUCAUUGCCCAUGACUCUGAGUAUGCCCUCUGCAACAUACCCUCCUAUUAUAGCUCCCAUGCCCUCAAACUGAGCUGGAAUGGCAAGAACCUCACCACCAACCAGUUCCUGAUGCAAGAAGUGGCCAAGCAGCUGGGCCUCAAGCUAAGCAGCUUUCCCAUCUUUGCUGCCUUGUUAGGGAACCACAUCCUUCCAGAUGAAGAUUUGGCUGCCUUCCAUUGGAGCCUUCUUGGACCAGACCACCCACUAGCUUCACUCAAGGUGCGCGCCCAUCAGCUGGUCCUGCCACCCUGUGAUGUAGUCAUCAAGGCUGUGUCCGAGUAUGUCAGCUCCAUCAAAAAUCCCUCCAACUUGGAUGUGAUAGGGAGAGAUGUCUUCAAGCACUCCCAGUCCAGGACCGAAGAUAAAAUUGAGCGUUUCAAGAAGGCUGUAGAAUACUAUUCCGUGGCCACGAAGGCACCGCCUACCCCAGUGGGCCAGUCCCCGUAUGUUCUUCCAGCUUUCGGGCCCAACCACUUUGGAGGGGCAGCACCUAUGAACCGCAAUCCAAUGGUACCGCUCCCUUCUGGGAAGGCUGUGUUUGCACCUCAGAUGGGGCCAAAGAUGCAGUACCACCCGCCUUCCACUCAUGGCGGUGUUGCCACCUCUUCGUCUUUCCUUCCCGGCCCUGGCUCCAGUUUUCUCUUCUCUCCACAUGGCCUGGUGGAUGCAGCCCCUUUCCACGAGGACCCUGCUCUGAAGGGCGGACACUUCAACAACUGGCCUGUUUCAUAUGACAACUGCCCUGCCAAGUUCCCCAACCACCACCUGAGUUCCAAGCCCUCCCCAUCAUCUGGGCCUGGGUCUUCUCCCUCCUCCUCCUCCGAUGGAGAAGAGCACAACGGAACCAGCUCCAACCAUGUCUCUGAAUCCGGACCUCGCAAGUCUGGCUGGGAGGAUCCUGGGGCUGAGAAGAGGAUGAGCCAAGGCUGGGGGCAGCCAGCUGGGGGCACCGGCAACUCAGAGAGGAGCCUGAGUGGGCCUGAGGCUCACAUUCCUUCGCUGCUCUCCAUGGCGACUCGCAACCACAUGGACAUCACCACCCCGCCCCUGCCCACUGUUGCCCCUGAGGUGCUUCGGGUGGCUGAGCACCGGCACCGGCGGGGACUUAUGUACCCAUUCAUCUACCAUGUCCUAACGAAGGGUGAAAUCAAGAUCCCAGUGUGCAUUGAAGACGAGUGCAACACCGAGCUGCCGCCAGCAGCUGUCCUUUUCCGGGCUGCGCGGCAGCAUGUCUAUGGCGUCCUCUUCAGUGUGGCUGAGACCCAGAGGCGGAUGGAACGGCUGGCUGUGCGCAAGCGUAUCCCUGUGAAAACUCCUCCUGUUAUCGUCAAGGAAUGGUCGGCAUACAAGGGGAAAUCCCCACAGACUCCAGAAUUGGUUUCGGCCCUUGCUUUUCGAGAGUGGACAUGUCCCAACCUCAAGAAGCUGUGGCUGGGCAAAGCAGUGGAGGACAAGAACCGACGCAUGAGAGCCUUUUUGGCCUGUAUGAAAUCAGAUACCCCCAGCAUGCUCAAUCCCGCCAAUGUCCCCACACAUCUGCUGCUUAUGUGCUGUGUGCUACGAUACAUGAUACAGUGGCCUGGGGGUCGGAUCCUGCAUAGACAUGAGUUGGACGCCUUCCUAGCCCAGGCUGUGUCUGCUCAGCUAUAUGAGCCAGAUCAGCUUCAAGAGCUGAAGAUUGAGAAGCUGGAUCCCCGGGGAGUUCAGCUGGCUGCUCUGUUUAUGAGUGGAGUGGACACAGCCCUCUUCGCCAACGAUGCAUGUGGGCAGCCCGUCCCUUGGGAACAUUGCUGCCCAUGGAUCUACUUUGACGGGAAGCUUUUCCAGAGCAAGCUAAUCAAAGCCACGUGGGAAAAGGCACCCCUGAUAGACCUGUGUGAUGGACAGAAUGAACAGGUGUCCAAGGUAGAGAAGAUGAGGCAGAGCAUCCUGGAAGGCAUCAACUUCAACCGCCAGGCUCCGCCUCCCCUGCUCCCACCUCCGCCCUUUGUAUCUUCCAUGGCCCCAUCCUUUUACCCUAUGCCUCUCUACCAUCGCGCCAUUGGUUCUGUUCAGCCUUCAGCCCCUGGGAGGACCAGAGGCUUCACAGGUCUUCACCCUAUCCCGCCGCAAGGAGGCAAAUUGGAGAUUGCUGGCAUGGUGGUGGGCCAGUGGGCUGGAAGCAAGCCAUCCCGUGGGCAGGGUUCCUUCGGCAUGCAAGUGGUAUCCGUUGGAGGCCCAGGGAAAGGCCGUGGUCGUGAUAAUUCUGGAAAAAUCCCCAAAGGAAACAAGAAAGUGAGCAAGCAGGGCUCUACAGAAGGAACUGCCAAGACACCAGAGUUCAACAAUAACAACAAUGGUGGCAACAGCAGCAGCCGUCCUCAGUCCCAGGUGAACGGGAACGGGGGCACCACCCCCACGGUGGGCGAGGACCCAGGGGCUGGAGCCUGCCCCUCAGCCACAUCACCUUGUGCCUUAGCCAGAGACGCUGACUCGUGCAAUAACAACAGCCCGUUCUUUGGGACGCUGAGCGGGGAUCCUGAACGGUGCCCGGAGAACAAGCUUUCCUUCCCAGCUCUGCAGAAAGAGGAGUGAAUGGAAGCCGCUGUGGGUCCGAUUGGCUGGCAGUGGGGCGGUGGAGAGAAGUGUCAUGGAGUUACCAACUAGUGGGGCGGGGGGGGGGGGAGGAUACACCACUUCUGCAAAUCCCCAGAAUGGAAACAUUUGAGCUGGUGAGAAUGGUUAAGCGGUGGGGAGGUCCAGGAGCAGAGCUUUCUUGACAACUCACAUCUGGAGGGUUUGUGUCCUGGGUGCUUCUUCUUCUUCCCUGUGAGUAGCAGAUGCAGCCCUGGAGGGUGGCGGGGUGGCAUGGGAUGGCUUGGGGCUCUUGUCCCACCCUGGAUGGCCACACCAGCGCUUUUUGCUCUCUGCCCCUUGAAUUUGCCAUUGUGCCAAUCGGAUCCGAAAGGGCGGCAUUUAUUUUCCCUUUUAAAAUUUUUAUUUGAAUUUGUUUUGAUUUUUUUUAAACAAUUUUAUAGGGGGGAGUUGUUUUUAGGGUGCAAGAUUUAUGGCAAUUCUGGAUUUGGGGAAUGGGAUAUUUUUUAAAGGAGAAAAAGCCGGCAAGGUUUUAUUUUAAAAUGGGGCAGAUUUUUCCUGCCUGCCUUGUUAAUUUCUUGCCAGCUCCCCCACCAGCAGGCCAAACAGCAGUGUUGCUUGGGGUGGGGGUGGUGGCAGACAGCAUGGAGCGAAGAUUUUUUGGGGUGGGUGUGUGUAGGAAAAGACAAUGAUUUUUAAAAGAGAGAGAGAGAGCAGCACAGCUACUGCACCUUAUACUCCCAAGUGUGUAUAGCAGUCAGCUUGUGCUUUUUAUUAUAUAUAAGAGAGAGAAAGAGAGAGAGAUUAUAUUUAUAUAUAACGUGAAUAGAGCUAUAUAUAAAUAUGAACACGGCAAGCCCGGAAGGGUGAAAAUGUUCCCGGGAGACAACUUGUGUUCCGAAAUGCGCUAUGCGUUCUUUGUGAAUUAAAGGACCUGUGUCCCCAGUGGCCAGCAGUUGGCCCUGCUAACAGGGCUGCUGGGGCAGAUGAACCAGGCCUCCUGAUAUCAGACAGAAAACUUCUUAUCCUUCAAGCGGACGAGCACUUACUGUUACAAUUCCACGACUGAGCAAACGAAUAGGGCUGGAGCUGUAAAGGGGUUUGGGGCUAAGGGUGGAUUUGUCACCCUGUCGCCAUGGGGCGGGUGGUGGGGAGGCUGGAAGUCAAAAGUAUCAAACCGACCCAGAGCCUUGGGGGGCAAAGAGGGAGGGGGUAACCCAGGAGAACAUAAAACAGUUCAAGUGAUUUACUGUUCUAUAGGCUGAGUUGUGUGCACCCUGCAGCUUCAGCAAACAAUCUGGAAAUCAGUGCAGGGUUUGGCGUUCUCAAAUCACAGCUUUUAGUUUCAAAGCAACAACUAUCCUUUUUAAAAA